CUCGUUGGCACUGGCCACAUUGACAAGGCCGCCAUCAUCAGCAUCGCUGGCGACAGCACGUGGGCGUCGACCGCCGGCUUCACGCUUGCCGCCAACGAGAUGAAGGUCAUCUCCGACAUUGUCAAGGGAGACACCGGCGCCAAGGACAAGGCCUUUGCCGACGGUCUCUACAUUGCCGGUGACAGAUUCGUCAUGGCCCGCGCCGAGGACGGCACCAUCUACGCAAGAAAGGUUGGCAUCACAAGCCCCGAGAAGAGGCCCAGAGCACUGACAUCAAGCCAGGGACGUGACGGCAUCGCCGUCGCCAAGACCAAUCAGGCCAUCCUCGUCGGCCACCACAACGAGAACCAGCAGGGUGGCAACGCAAACCAGGCGGUGCAGAAGCUGGCGGACUACCUGGUCGGUGUCAACUACUAA